AUGUCUCCUCGCCAGCACGCGCUCCAAUUCCUCCUGCUCGUCACCGUUGCAGCUCCACUCUUUGUGCUCCAAGUGGGGGCGCAAGUCAAUCCAGUCGCGGAGAAAGCUCUCCGAUUUCGCCAGCGACACAAUCUGACCGACGUUGCGGCAGACUCGACGCCCACCAACGGCACGAACACCACAACAGGGGACGACAUACCACUGAACAUUGGUCUAAGCGGGCCGUCUCUCUCAUUGUUGACUAUUAUACUCCCCGCCGCGGUGGGUUGCUUCAUUGUUGUUCUGUUGGUCGUCAAGUGAGUUGACUCGUUUGAGAUCAGGGUGGACCCGAUGUAGGCCCCUGUCCCAUGCCAAGAAUGGGGCCAGACCUGCGUGCGAGCUCAGGUAGCAUUACAGUCCGGAGCGCACAUGACUGACAAAAAUCGGCCUCCCCUUCGUUGUUUACUCCACCAGGGGCUACUUGUUCAUGCGAAGAGACCCCGGGGCAGUGCGAGACCUCUUCUUCCCUCGCGCCGGUCUCAAGAUCCGAUGGCUCGGCAUCAACAUCGCCCCAAUAGCCGAACGACCUCCAAGCGGGCCCCCGCCACGAUACUCUCGAGGUUUGCUCUCUGUGUUCCGAAAUCGUCGCCAAGGUCACGAUACGAACGGCGCGGCGAUCGAGGAAGGGGGCCGGCGCGCGGGAUCGAGGGACGAGGAUGAUGUGUCGGACGGCGAGUCCGGCCCUGGUGCACAAGAAGAAAAGGAAGGCCUGCCAAGUUACGCCAUCGACACUGAACUACCUGGAUAUGGCCACGUGUUGAGAUCAGAUGCUCGUCAAGCCGAUGCUACCGUCCUCCUCGGGUCAUCAGCCAUCUCGGUGCAGUCGGAUCAGAACGGCGCGUCGACCGUCGCUGAGGAGCGCUUCGCCGGUUCCGUCGAUUACGAGCGAGCCAGCCGCAAUAAUCCGGUCAUGACUCCCCAGCCGGUCCUCUUGAGGGAGAUGGCGCAACUUCGUCGACAGACGGCGCUGCAGUCGGCCGCUUGGGAGUAUGCGUCGUUGAGGUGA